AUGUCGCGCUACGCAAACGAACGCCAAAUCGCCCUCUCGGCCGUCCUCAAAGCCUCGCUCCUUGCGCAGAAAGUGCAGGAGCAGUUGGUGGGAAGUGGAGGGGUGGAGAAGAGGGAUAAGAGUCCGGUUACGGUCGGCGACUACACCUCUCAAGCGCUCGUCUCGUCCCUCCUCGCACUGCACUUCCCCACCGACCGCAUCAUCGGCGAAGAAGACUCCUCCGACCUACGCCAGCCCUCUCAGUCCGCGAUCAAAGACCAAAUCGUCCGUCUCGCCUCAGAGGCAAUGGGCGAGUCUCUCCCGCUCGAGGAGGAAGAGCGCGCUUGGGAGGGCGUCAAGUCCGGACCGCGAAAGACCGAGGAAGACUGGCUCGCUGCGAUUGAUCGCGGAAACUCGGAGGGCGGACCGAGCGGGAGACACUGGGCGCUCGACCCGAUUGAUGGAACCAAGGGCUUCCUUCGUGGCGGCCAGUAUGCGGUUUGCCUGGGUUUGAUUGAGGACGGUGAGGUUGUCCUCGGCGUCAUGGGGUGCCCGAAUCUCCCGCUCGACCCGAAGAACAAGGACGGCGAGAAGGGCGCGUUGUUCGUGGCUGUCAAGGGCGAGGGGGCUUUCCAGCGCUCCUUCACCUCGUCAACCCUGACGCCUAUCUCCAUGUCAACUCUCACCUCGCUCUCCUCCGCCUCCUUCUGCGAAUCCGUCGAAGCAGGCCACUCGGACCACUCGACCAACGCACGUAUCGCCCAGUUGCUCGGCAUCACCAAGGACUCGGUCAGGAUGGACUCGCAGGCCAAGUAUUGCUCGAUUGCGAGGGGCGACGGGGAUAUCUACCUCAGGCUGCCGGUGAGCGAGACGUACCAGGAGAAAGUUUGGGACCACGCCUCGGGCUCGCUCCUCGUCGCCGAAGCAGGCGGAGUCGUCUCGGACAUGCACGGCAAGCCCCUCGACUUCUCGCUCGGCCGCACCCUCCGCGGCAACAAGGGCGUCGUCGCCGCGCACAAGGACUGGCACGCAAAGGUCAUCCAGGCGGUACAGCAGGCUGUCAACGAAGAGAAGAAGUAG